GGCAGGGGCGGCGGGAGGCCGCGGGUCUGGCCGCGGACGCGCAAGGGGCGCGGAUGGCGCGGAGUGCGGAGUUAGGUCCCGCGCGGCCGGGCUGGGCCAGCGCUAGAUGGAGUGAUGCAUGAGCGAGACGGGGAGGUUUUAACCUUCAGGGGGAGGAGCCCCGUUUAACUACAGGCAUUUGUUCUAGGGCAGGUCACUUUAAUCUCUUUAGCUUUAAACUGUCCAACUCGCAACUCGCGUUUCUCUAUAAGGGAUCUUUACCACUUCCCUGCCUAUGCGGCCGGAGCGCCGUGCCUCUCCCCAGCAGAGACAACCGCCUUCCAGGCACUGCCCAGAUCGCUUCCGACACCCUUAAAAUAAUACUGCAGCCCGGCGCCCCUGCCAUGGAUUCCUUUAAAGGUGGAAUGAAUUUGGAGAGACUGCCUGAGAGCUUGAGACCCCAACCCUCCCAUGACAUGGCUUCCAGCUUCCAUUUGCAAAGAUCCUCGGAACCCAGAGACCCGAUCGACAACUCAGCCAGUGAAUCCUCCGACACGGAGGUGCCAGAAAAAGAGCGGAGCGGCGAGCAGAAAAACGAAGACGGGGCCGCCGACGACCCGGCGAAGAAGAAGAAGCAGCGGCGGCAGCGGACCCACUUCACCAGCCAGCAGCUGCAGGAGCUGGAGGCCACCUUCCAGCGAAACCGCUACCCCGACAUGAGCAUGCGGGAGGAGAUCGCCGUCUGGACCAACCUCACGGAGCCCCGAGUGCGGGUUUGGUUCAAGAACCGCCGAGCCAAGUGGAGAAAGCGGGAGCGGAACCAGCAGAUGGACCUGUGCAAGAACGGCUACGUGCCCCAGUUCAGCGGGCUGAUGCAGCCCUACGACGACAUGUACGCCGGCUACCCCUACAACAACUGGGCCACCAAAAGCCUCACCCCGGCGCCGCUCUCCACCAAGAGCUUCACCUUCUUCAACUCCAUGAGCCCCCUGUCCUCGCAGUCCAUGUUCUCGGCGCCCAGCAGCAUCCCCUCCAUGAACAUGCCCUCCAGUAUGGGCCACUCGGCCGUGCCGGGCAUGGCCAACUCCGGCCUCAACAACAUCAACAACAUCAGCGGCUCCUCGCUCAACUCGGCCAUGUCCUCGCCGGCCUGUCCCUACGGGCCACCGGGCUCGCCCUACAGCGUCUACCGGGACACUUGCAACUCCAGCUUAGCCAGCCUCAGACUGAAAUCAAAGCAGCACUCCAGUUUCGGCUACAGCAGUUUGCAAAGCCCCGGCUCCAGUUUAAACGCCUGUCAGUACAACAGUUGACGGACUUGACACAAACCACCUCCGACAAAGCACCGCCGACAAAGC